AAAAAUAAAUAAAUUCCAACAGAGCUCCACUGGUAAGGGACAGAGAUAACAUAAUUAAAAAGAAGAGGCUUUACUCUCCAAGCUUGAAACUUUAAUCUUUCUCCUUUUGAUCAAAACCUGAAGAUUGUUCCUUUUUUUUCUUCUAAUCGUUUUCUUUUUUCAGUGAUGAACCGCCAUUCACCUUCAACAAGAUGAAUGGUUUCUCCGCCGUAGAUGGCUUUGUGAAGAUAACUGAAUCCCUAGCAGAUAUGAUCAAGUUCGCAGCGAAUGAACCAUCAGUUGGACUUUUCUACAUUCAACAGCACACCGAGAAUGCCAUUCCAAAUGUAGUCCAUCUCCGUGAUCAUGUUGUAGAGAAGUCUCAUGAAGCAACAUUACACACUGAGGACUUGGAAGAUUCUAUCACCAUGGUGAGAUCGAUGAAGGAAUGCGGUUUCCCAAUUGCAGAUGAGAUGAUUAAAGACAUUAAGAGUUCGUUAACAUUAAUGUCCGCAAAACAACCAAAGAGAGGUUUGAUCCAAAGUUCUGCUUCAAGCUUUCAGAUGGGAAGAACAAACUCUUGGGGACCAAUGUCAUGGGGUCCCGGUUCCGGAAAUGCACAGUUUGGUGGCAGUACUUAUUUUUCGACUGUAAUCAAGUCCGCAAAACAAAAAGCAAGCAAUCUUAAGUGGUCGCAAAUUGAUUCCAAGGAACAGGUGGAAACCGAACCCCAUAAGCCGCCUCUGCAACCAGAUCCACCGUUAUCGGUUGCAUCUACCAGCACCAGUACAAUUCCAGAUACAGAAGCUGAUGAGCUACCUGUAUCGAGUCAAAUGGCUGAUGAAGUCAACGAAGAAGACAAAAUGGAAGAAACCAAAGACGACAUCGAACCUCCGCAUCAAAAAUUAUCAUUCUUGCCUGAAAACUAUGAAGAUUUCAAGGCUGACAAAGAGGCUAAAUUAGAACAAUGGUUGCAAGGUACUGAAGGCAAAAAUGGAUGAAAGCAAGGGAGGUAGUGACACAAGUGAGCUUUGGAAAUACUGUUUUACUAAUAUGGAUUGGUAUGAUUCACCUAUGUUAGGUCCUAACUUAAUUUUGUUUUGAAAUACGAUUGAA